GGGGGGGGGGAAGGGGGGAGAAAAAAAAACUCGCUUCUAUUGAUGGAACAAAUCAGAAAUAAUAAGGUUUUUAAUGGAUCUGUUUCAGACGCUCUCCUUUUUUUUUUGCAAUACUUGUGGCAGGUGUGCAACGAGGGGGCAAAACUGAAUGCUCUCACGCCGAGGUGUGAGAUGAUUAUUCAAAUAGGCAGUAAGGAAAUUGGGAUUGGAGGUUCGCCCUACGCGCACACAGCUAUAUCACCUUCCACCGCCCGCCACCAACGUCACUUUGACUCCUGUCAUCAUCAGACGCCUUAGAUCGCUUCCAGCGGCAGUUUACAACAACCCGCAGACCCACCACUUCCCGAAUAACCUAUUCCGCAAUCCGACACGGAGAUCCAUCGCCCACGAUCUUCUCGGCAGGAACUUUUUUUUUUCCCAGAGCCCUAUAAUGCACGCUGCUCCCACCAUGCUGGGCGCAGUGAAAAUGGAAGGACACGAGCACACGGAUUGGAGCUCCUACUAUGGAGAGCCCGAGGGUUACCCCACUGUGAGCAAUAUGAAUCCAGGGAUUGGAAUGAAUAGCAUGAACACCUAUAUGAGCAUGUCUGCGAUGAGUAACGCGGGCAACAUGGCAGCAGGGUCCAUGAACAUGUCAUAUGUGAGCACCGGCAUGAGCCCCUCAAUGACUGGUAUGUCUCCUGGUGCUGGGGCAAUGAAUGGCAUGGGAGCUGGGGUAACGGGCAUGGGCACUGGCCUUAGCCCCAACAUGAGUCCGAUGAGCGCCCAGGCUAGUUCCAUGAAUGCCUUGACUUCUUACACCAAUAUGAGCAUGAGUCCCAUGUACGGGCAAUCCAACCUCAACAGAUCCAGGGAUCCCAAGACUUAUCGCCGCAGUUACACUCACGCCAAGCCUCCUUACUCCUACAUCUCGCUCAUAACCAUGGCUAUCCAGCAAUCUCCCAGCAAGAUGCUGACCCUCAGUGAGAUCUACCAAUGGAUAAUGGACCUCUUCCCCUUCUACCGUCAGAAUCAACAACGUUGGCAGAACUCCAUCCGCCACUCUUUGUCAUUCAACGACUGCUUCCUCAAAGUCCCCCGGUCGCCAGACAAGCCGGGCAAAGGGUCCUUCUGGACCCUACAUCCCGACUCGGGCAACAUGUUCGAGAACGGCUGCUACCUCAGGAGGCAGAAGCGCUUCAAGUGCGAAAAGAAGCAGGCGCUAAAGAGCGCCCAGGAAACGACCAGGAAAACGUCGGAGACGGGGUCAACGGGCAGCAACAGCAGCUCGGAGAGCACCAACGGGAAUGAGUCCCCCCAUUCCAGUGCUUCUCCAGGGCGUGAGCAGAAAAGGUCACUGGUGGACAUGAAGUCAGCCUCAGCCCUCAGCCCCGAGCACAGCCACACCAGCUCCUCGGUGGCACAAGCCCAGCAACAUCUGAUGCAUCAACACCACUCGGUCCUGUCUCACAUCGCAUCUGAAGCGCAGGCUCACCUGAAGCCGGACCACCACUAUUCGUUCAACCACCCGUUCUCAAUCAACAACCUAAUGUCGUCCGAGCAGCAGCAUCACAAAAUGGACCUGAAAGCUUACGAACAAGUGAUGCACUAUUCUAACUAUGGGUCCCCAAUGACCGCUAACCUCCCCAUGAGUUCCAAAACCGUCUUAGACACAUCGGCCAUUGCGAGCGACGCGUCUUACUAUCAAGGUGUGUAUUCUAGACCUAUUAUGAACUCCUCUUAAAAAGGCUUUGGACGCAGAAAUGGACUUUGUCAGCUGUGUACAUUUGUAAAUGUUGAUGCGUCCAUCCAUUCCAGAUACUUGUUUUUAAAUGUUUGAAAUUGUUUAGAUAACCCAGUUGUUGAUCAGAUUGACUGUAUUGUGUUGGGAGCUCAAUUUUCAUGUUUUCCACGAAAAAAAAACACCCGAAAAGGCAACGUUUACUGUGUAAGAUUAAAACGCUCUCCACGCGGCUUUCCGCAUGGACCCGAACCAGUGCUGUUUCUUUUUUUCUCAUAUUAAAAAAAAAGGCGAUGAGAUGUUUGUUGCCGUUUUCUCUCCCACCCCCCCAAAAAAAAAUCUACCAGUAAUUUAUCCUUUGUAUAUGCUUUAUUUAUGGCUUGUGAAACGUUCUCUUCUUGUAGUUUUACCGGGCUUUCAGAAACUAUAAUAAAAAGUAUUAUGUUUGUGUAGUAGAUGUUCACAGAUUUAUCCUGUCAAGUGCAGUGGUUACAUUAUUCGCUAUUUGGAGGGGAUGCUGUCGGAUGCCUUCUAGCCAGAGGUUAAUUGUUCUUGAAUUGUUGCACUUUUGGUAAUUUCAUAAACCCAGUUCCUUGGUAGCCCGGGAUCGCAACUACAUACGAUUAAAAAUCCCCCCCCCCCCCCCCCCCAGUGGCUAUUUGGACUGAAAAAGUGAUUUAAUUUAUUGUUAAAAUUUUUAGAUUUUAGUGUGAAGGAUUCUUUCCGCUGUAAGAAAUCGAAACCGUUUUCGUUGAAAUGUUAACAUUUUAUAAAGAUAAAUGUAACAAAACACACACACAAAAAAAAUAAAACGAACA